UGGCAGCUCCUGGCGAGCCGCACAGAAGGCGCUUGUUGCUCGUCUGACUCCAGCUGCUGCUGCUCCUCCCACGGUAGUCCUCGCUUUUUCCAUAGGCUGCUGCUGCUGCUGCUGCCCUUCACGGCGCCUUCGGCUCGCCGGCUGCCAGGCCUCCUAGUCUCCUGCUCGGAUCCAGACACCACCGCUUCCAGGAGCGACCGGAUCCCGCGGCGAUCCCCAGCGGCUUAGCGGAUCCAGGGGCUCGCCUAGGGCGCACGAGGAGGACUGUCGCCCCCGAGCAGCCCCUUCCUCGCGUCUCUCCAUCCCGCUCGGGGGAGCCGCCGCCGCCGCCGCUGGGCUGCUCCCCGGCUUCCUGCGGGACUCGCUGUGUCGCGCGGGCGCUCGCGGAGGCCGGGCCGGGCCGCGCCUGGCACUGCGCGCGCUAUGGAGAAGCGCGGCGGCAGCAGCAGCAGCAGCGACAGCAGGGUGGAGGAGAAGCGGCUUUAGAAGAAAACCAUUAUUAGAGCCUAUCUCUGCAAAGGUUGAUGCUCUUUCCUGCUUGAGGUGACCAAUUCAUCCCAGACAAUUAUAAGAGAAUGUGGAUUAACCAAAUUCUCUACUGUCUCUUGGCAGUAGCAGGUCUUUGUUUCCUGAACUCGGUCCACAGCCAGGAGGCAGAUUCUUCAUAUACACCUCAGAACCUGACAUGUAUAACGCACGAUUUGAACACAGUUCAUUGCACCUGGACUACUGCCUCUGCAACCAGCCCUGAAUUUACUUAUAAAUUCUGUCCCACGACCAGUGCUUCAGAUUGUUCCGAAACUAAGGAUAAAAGGACCAGUUUUCAACUUAUAUCAUUUGAUCACCCUGGGAACGUCGAGAUAAUUACCUUGCAUUCUGGAAAAGCAAUAGCUAAAAAAACAUUUGUAUUGCAUGAGAAUAAUAUUUCACUUGUUCCCCUCACUCCACGCAUUGAGCGCUUGAGUGCCAACUUUUCAACCCAAACAUUGAUUCUGGAGUGGAAGGAUGGUGGUGCAGCAUUUCCAUAUGAAUUAGAUGCACUCUGGGAAAUUCAGAUCCUGCGUAAAGACCCCAUGGAGGAAGUAGCACGAGAGACCUAUCAUUCAGUAUUAACUAAAAGUGACACUAUCCUCCGCUGGAACUGGACGUCGGACUUGCCUUUGGAGUGCACCACACACUAUGUCAGGAUUCGCUGUCUUGUUGAGGAGGAACACUUUGCUGGGAGCAGGGAAUGGAGUGAAUGGAGUCAGCUUGAAAAUGUUCCUGGACAAGAUAAAGGCUCUGUCUCUAAAGUUUAUCCCGUAGACCCAUUGGUGCCAGUGGGUUCCAACCUGACCUUCUGUUGCCUGUGGCACAAAAAACAAAGAUUCAUUUCCCUGGGGUAUGACAGGUGUUCACCUGAACAGUGUCCAACUGUCAGUCUCUCCAACCAGAGCAUGUUGAUCUAUGUGCGAAAUGUCACUGUCAACGAUUCUCUGAAGAAUGUAUUUUGUAACCUGACCCCAGAAGCAGACAUGCAGUUUUUGGUCGGAAGUGUAUUAUUUGUAGGCUACCCCCCUGAUGUUCCACAAAACCUAGGCUGUGAAACAAGAGAUUUUAAGGAGAUAACAUGCAAAUGGAAACCGGGAAGACCCACUAACUUGCUAGGUAGACGCGCAACUAUUUACACUGUUUUUGAAAGAAUAUCUGGGAGGAAAAACACAGCACGUGAAGUUUAUAGCUAUAAGUUCCCAAUUCCCGAACAUCAGAAAACAUAUAACAUCACUGUCUAUGCUUCCAAUUCUCUUGGUCAUACCGAGGCCUCUAAUUCAGCAAAUAUAAAUCAAAGAGUUUAUCCACAAACUCCUUCUCGACUAUAUGUGAAUAACAAUAGUCCAACAAGCAUCAGUCUGUAUUGGGAUCUACCAGGCAACUUCAAGCAAAUUCCGCUUCACUGUCAAAUUAACCGCAGCAGUUCCACAACACACCUGCUGCAGGAUGUGUUUCUGGACGGUGAAGGAAAUUCACGUUACCGCACCUCCAUCGACAAAUUGCAGCCCUACACAACAUACACGCUGACAGUUCGUUGUGCAACUGCUCAUCCUCUCUUCUGGAAAUGGAGUGGCUGGAGUAAGGAAAUGAGGCAUAGAACUCUGGAAGCCCCUCCAGCAAGAGGGCUAGAUGUUUGGCGAGAGAGAAGUACUGAUGGAGACACUGUAAAGAUCUUUUGGAAGCCUCUACCUGCUUCCAAAACAAAUGGGGUUAUACAAAGUUAUAAAGUGUCUUGGUUCCCCCCAGAGAUGCCUGAGAACUUUGAGGAGGUUAAUCAAUCUCGCAACAGCACUGAAAUAAAGCUUGGGGGAACUGAUUAUGUAUUUAUGAUUGUGGCGAAAAACCAGGCUGGCUCCUCUCCUCCUUCUUGGAUUAAUAGUGCAGAGAUUCCAAAUGAUGAUGCCACAACAGAGAAUGGGAUUGCAACAGGAAAUGGAAUUUAUCUCACUUGGAAUCCUGACUCCAAUGUGACCUGUGGCUACACAGUGAGGUGGUGCCAUUCCUUUGGGUCUGAGCCCUGUGCUGUCAACUGGGAAAACUUUCCUUCAAAUGUGACGAGUGCUGUGAUCAAAUCUGCUCACUUUCAAGCGGGGGUCCGAUACUAUUUCUCUGUCUAUGGCUGCAAAACCAAUGGAUUUCAGCUCCUGAAACAUGUAAAUGGCUAUACAAAAGAAUUGGAACCAAGAGCCAAACCAGUUUUCGACAUGGUGGAAACCACGUCAGACUCCAUCUUGAUAAAAUGGAAGGACAUUCCUAUUGAAAGCAUGCAUGGCUUUUUAAAGGGCUAUUUGCUUCGCUUUGCCAAAGAAGGGGAAGAUGCCAACAAGCUAAAAUCGUUUGAUUUAGGCCGUCCAUAUUUUAACAUAACUGAGCCAAAUAAAAAAACAUUAAAAAUAACACACCUUCAAGGGAAAACCAACUACUGCCUUAAAUUAAGCGCAUAUACUGCUGGAGGAAUUGGACCUGAGGAAGAAAAGUGUGCAUUGACAAAGGAGAAUCCUGAACAACUGAUCCUUGCAAUCAUAAUCCCAGUGGCUAUUUUUGUGGUGUUUGUUGUAUUGACUAGUAUUCUUUGCUACCGGAAGAGAGAGUGGAUUAAAGAAACCUUCUAUCCUGACAUUCCGAAUCCUGAGAACUCGAAAGCGUUGGAGUUCCCGAAGGAUCCUGAGGGUAACCCGAAUUCCAAAACUUUGGAGAUGAACCCCUGUACGCCCAAUAACAUUGAAGUAAUUGAAACACAGUCGCCAUGCCUGAAGAUCGAGGACACAGCGAUGACAUCACCUGUGGCAGAGGAUCUUCCUGAAGAUGGGUUGGACUCUGAAACAGAGAGCCAUGUGGUAGUCUCCUAUUGCCCAGCAAUCAUAGAGGAGGAGAUCUCUAAUCCAACAGCAGACGAAUCUGCAGGAUCUUCCCAGGUCAUUUAUAUUGACAUCCAGUCACUGAAGGAAGAACCAGAAGUCAGUGGUGUAGCUGCAGCGGGCUAUAAGCCGCAAAUGCAGCUGCCUGUUAAUAGCAUGAGAAACAUGGAGGAAGCAACAUCUGCAGAAGAGGACUUGGACAAUGCGGAAGGCUAUCGACCUCAAGCGAAUACCACCACCUGGAAUACAGACUGUCUGGAUUCCCCUACAUCCAUUGAGAGCAAUAUUGCAAAUGUCUCAUUUGGAAGCCCUUGUUCCAUUAACUCUCGGCAGUUUUUGAUCCCAUCCAAAGAAGAUGAUGACUCCCCCAAAGCCAUUAACACAGGGUGGUCCUUUUCAAACUUCUUUCACAGCAAACCCAGUGAUUAAAGCUGGCAGGGGAAUGGUUGCCCUGAAAGAGGCUUGUUUUGCUGGAACUUGUUUUAAUGACAGCCUCAAAGACAGAGGGCUUUGUAAUUUCAUUUCGGUGGGACUGAACAUUAACCUUGUUCAAGUUACGGUGGAAGUGGCAAUAUUUGUGUUUCUGGAGGGCUGAGAUGCUAAUUCCCAGCAGCUCUUUCAGGGAUAGACAUCCUGAGUGGACCCUUUCUUGUAACUGAAGCCAAAGUGCUCCAAGAGGUCAGUUUCUGCCUUUGGGCAAUCCCCCCACCCACCCCGCUGUCAAUACGGCACAAGGCACUUUUUGUGACACUCUUUCUGGUUUCCCGUUUUGCAUUAGUUUCAUUGCUGUACCCAUGUCCUGAAAUGCAGGAGAAAAAGCAUGCAAGUCAUGAUGAUAAGCAUCACUUGUUCCCUGGCCACAAUUGUACGUGGGUUUCGAAGCUUCCAAGUCAUAGGGCCAUGGAAAUGUGUUCAGAAUUAGGAUCGUGCUUAAUCAGAGAUACUUUUUCCACACACUUUUGAGAUUGUGGGCAGCUGUACCCAAGCACUUUACCACAGCUGAACACUGUAAGGCACUCAUCCACCAGCUGCUCUGAAAAGCACGUUGAUGCUUAAGGCAGUUUGUUUCUUUGGAUUUCUCUGGGACUGAGCCCAUUUGAGUGGAAGAACUCCAGCUCAAAGGGCUUGUUGAUUACAGCCUCCGCUACAGCUUCUGUGGGUGUUCAUUGUAUUUGCCACAGUGAUAGUGUCUGUAACUGCUGUACAAAUGUAUCUGCAGUAGUUGACUCAGGGGUGCAAAAGGGAGUGUGGCACUGAUUUUAAAAAUCUCCAUCAGGAAUAGAUUGACUGUUCAACUUCCAGCUUUCUUAGCAAUGUUUCCUAAUUUUUUUAAAAAAUGAAUUCCUGCUGCUUCCUGUCCUGUGGUUAUGCUAGGCUAGAAUCCUCCCCCCUCAUAUGUCCCUUUUCUAUAUGGAGGCUGUUUGUUUUUUGUUUUUGUUUUUGUUUUAAUGGAGGAGCAGGGCAGCUGGAAGUGGGAAUGCAGGCACAGGUUCAUCAUCCGGGUAAGAACUAGCCCUCUAUUUCAUGAAUGUACCCAUGCAAAUCACUCUAGUGUGCCCAUGCAAAUCACUCCAUGGUCAUCCUAUUUCCAUGAGAACUCCAAGUGAGUCAGCCUAAGCAAGGAUACUUAACAGCCAUGGGGUGCAGUCUUCCAAAGUUCUCCUAGAGAAGUGCCAUUAAAAUAGACAGGAGAAAACCAUUUCCGUCCGCAGCCUCUUUAGAAAGACAUUAUUCGUGGAGAAUAGCUGUGCCAACCAUGCAUACUUUCCAUGUAUAAACACCACAAACGGAGCUGCCUCCUCUGAACUUCCUUGCAAAUGUUUGCCCAUAUCCCAAGCGGAGAGCAGAUUGUGUUUGUAGAUGUGCACUCCAGAUUUCAGACUCUUCUUUAAAGCUCUCACAGGCCGAAGGAAAGAACUUUUAAAAUCAGAGCCCUUGGGAUACAAAUGGUUGGGUUACAGUUUAAACCCAAACAGCUGGGUUUAAACUAAGCUAGCUCUUAAGAUUUACAGUAUAUUCUUGCUUAUGCAGUUAUUGAAUUACACACUACUUAUGCACACUACAAAUGUGAGAUAUUUAGCUAUUUCAGAUUUCCUCACUGGCAACUGGCUGUUCAACACUUUGUAUGUAGCAAACUCUGGUGAAAUCAAGUUGAGGGACCAACAGACUAACUGAGCUUCUUUCUUUUCUGAGCUUGAGAAAACCCCAUGUUAGCUCACCCUGAGCUCUAUUUAGACAUUGAGGCGAUUCAUACGAACAGCAGAACCCAACUCGGUUUCUGCUGCUUGUGUACAACAAUGGGAUCCGUGUGGCUGCUGGCAGCAAGCCCACCUAAAUGCCCUCCCCCUUAAACAAGGUUAAUGGAGCGACUCAUGAGUAGCCUCCUGACCGUGGGUCUACAACAACCCUCCUGGCAUUGGAGGGGCCCCGAGAAUGCCCCAUGCACUUGCACGGGUCAUUCUGGGACUUCCAGGGGUGCCCUGAACCCCUUCCACCCAGGAAGAACUCCCUGCUCAUGUGCGGGGAGAUUGGGUCAAGCCUGCUCUCCCUGCAAACUCCCUUUAGGCUCUUCACACUGUGGAGAACCUUACUGUGUGAAUAACUGAAUGUGUGUACAGAUCUGCACGUGCAUACUCUUACACAGCUUGUACAUGCAGUGAACAUAACAUGUGAAUUAGGGCUUAUGCUAGAGAUCUUCUAGUAAACUGUAGGAUAGGCCUGACAUUUCCAGGUGCUGUCCGAAGGUUUUUGAUGGUUCUAGUUAUGCUGAGGUCUGCAUGCUUGUGUUUUAGAUGCAUUGUAAAGAUUUGCUAGAUGUGAGGGUAAGUUUCUAAUUUUUAAUUUUAUCCUGAAAAGAAGAAGUACUUUAAAAUUUAAUCAUGUUUAUAGAGUGCCUUUAAUGUGGGGGCACUUUUGGUGACUUGCAACCCCACCCCUGCAAAAAAAGCUCAGUUUCUAGUGUCUAUCAGUGUCUCUGUGUCUGUGAUAGCAGGUGCCUGCCCCACAGCCAUUAUACACUGCAGUCCAGUGGCCCUGUUUUAAAGGACUGUAGAGUGAAUAUCUACAUUGGCUGAUGGUGAUAUCAAAUAUUCCUUGAAACCUGAAAGUGGUCAUAAUUACUGGAGUGCCCUUUAUUUGGUUGAACAACAGCUUUUUCAGGAAUUGGGUUUGCUCACUGAGUGCACCUAAUCCCUGCUGUGUGGAAAAGUAGUCACCCGUUACAGCUCAUUUGUACCAUCCUACUCAGUGGUGUAAAUUUUUGUACCACUUUUAAUGGUUAAAUGGUCUCCUGUAUCGUACCCAGUAAGAGACUAAAAUAUUGAGGCCUUACGCUUCCUGGGAUAGAAAGGAGUUACUUCUUCCCAAUCAAAGAUACAGCUCAUAUAUUAUUAUUUUUUUGGUUGUUCAUCUCCAACCACCCCAUCUUCACCCUUUGCAGUCCUCAGCUGAGCAAUUGCCGCAUAGUCCAUCCCAACAUUGGGCCACAUUUGAAAUAUGUAAAAGUGCCCUUCAUUUACCAGUGCAUGAGUAAAAUGCCCUAAAAGCUGUAUCGCUGAUUGAUCAAAACCCUUUUGAGAUAACAUGCUGUGGUUGCAUGUAUAGUGUGGUUUUUGUUUUCAAAGCUUACCACCGUGCCUGAAUUUUGCACUCCAAUUUCAUCUACAAAAUUCUCCAGGGCUAAAAUAUGGGGGUUGGCGGGUGUGUGGGUGUUACAUAAAGCCCAACACCCUCCCCAACUGUUUGCAGCCAAUGUGUUUGUCCUCUCGGUGGCUUCUCCAGCACUAUCUUCUUUUCUCUUACUGUAUGAUCCUAGCCUAUCAGGGAUCAUGUAGUGUGUGAGAAUGUCAAGACACUACAGAGCGAAUUGGACUCAACUGCAUAGUAUGCACACCUGCUGAGGACAAGUAAACCGUGUUGCCUUGGCUCAUCCAGAUAUAGCCCCACAUUGCAAAGGCACAACAUGCUACCUGUCUUCACAUGCUGUGCUGCGAGGAUGAUGUAACGAUCACUUCUUGCAGCAGAGCUUGCCAAUUUUGGUAAAAGGGACACAUCUCCUCUCUCUCAGAUCUUUUGUGUCCUUUCCAGUUUUUCCUCCCCAAAACAGGGGCGGGGGUACUUUGUGAGUGGGUGUGUGCAUCUUUGCAAAACUGCCCCAUCCCAGUUUUGCUCAUCUUUUGUUUCAGUUUUUAAGCAACUGAUCCAGUUCAGUUGAGGUCUAUAGCCCAAAGUAAGUCCAGUGGUUACUGCUACUUAGUCCCAGUGCUCCAACUUUUAAGUAGCUAAUGAAUCGGGCCUUAAUUUAAAAAUGAAAAAAAGUGGAAAGAUAAAGGGAGCUGCCCAUCUUCCAUGCUAUUUUUUCUUUUUUUCUUUCCCCCCCUUUUGUGCUGUUAUUGUAAGAAUCUAGCAAUCCUGAAGUCUGGCUCUGUGCUUCAUACCAAAAGGAGGCCUUGCCUUUUUGAUAUUUCAGAAAGAAUGUCUGGCUUUACAAUACAGAAAUUAGCCUGCAUGGUUCUCUAAUUUCUACUGCUUAGAGAGCAGGAAAUCUUGUCUUUUCUAGAGCAGUUCAGAGAAACACAUUUCUAAAAGGGAGUCCUAGAAGCGAUUGUGGAACCAGAUGAUCAGCUAGCUCUGUGGUGGCUUCAGCAGGGUGAGUGAACAGGCAGAGCGAGGAGGGAAAUGACUGAUUUUGUUAGCUUUUUAAAAAACCAACCCCACAACCCUAUGCCUUAAUUUUUUCAUAUAUGUCGUGCUGUUAAUUCUGGAAGCUGCUGUUAAUUCUAAAGCUGCUUUUGUUUUCAGCCAGAUGAUGUUUUAUAAGGGGUGGGUGGUUUUGUGUUUUUUUGGUAAUUUCUGUUUUAAAGAGCAGAGAACAUAUUUCAAAGGGCGUAGUGGCAUUUAAAUCAUUGGCUCACAUACUGUGCAAUGCUCUAUCAGCCUUGUAACAGAGCAGUUGUGCACGAGCACUCUUGCAACGUGCAAGAAUUGUGCAAACGCAGUUGUGCAAUGGGAGGCGUGACUUCCUUUGGCUCUUGCACGCCUGUACAAAUGCUCUGCUAUGAGGCUGGCGGAGCAUUGUGCAAUAUGCACAAGAUGGCAUUUUUGAAUUCUGUCGUGUGUACAUUUUGAAUAACCCUUUCUUGAUAUACCUCACAAUUUAUUUUUUUAAAAUCAGAUGUAGUAAGCUAACUUUAAAACACUAUAGGCCCUUUCUCACGAUCAGUGAGAAGGGCGACCGGGCACGCAGGGAGGAAGACGGCUGAAACUGACCUCCCCUGCAGACUAUUGUAGGGUCCAUGCUGUGUGUGCGUAUCAGAAGCCAAGAUGGACACCAGCUGCCCCCGGCAGUGUGGAGGGUCGGGGGCUGGGAGCAUAGUCCCAGCCCCCAGCAAUCCCAUAAUGCACCACGUGAGCAUGCGGUGCAUUGGGGGAUUCCCACCCCCACUGGUGCUGCUGGGAGGCUGCUCCUGUGUUGCCGCCGACACAGGAGUAUUUAGCCUGGGUUAAGGGCGCACUUGUGCCCUUAACUUGGGCUAAGAGCAGUCCUCUUUGGUAGGUUUGCUGCUGAGGAGCCGCCAGUGGUUCUCACGCACAGCCAGGCCUGGUCUUGGCUGCCUUAGCCCAGUCUUGGCUGUGCGUGAGAAUAGCCUCAUCCUGUAUUCUAGCCUACAGAUCAGUUUCUUCCAUGUACAUGAUGAUCUCUGAUUCAUUGCUCGGUGAUACAAUCCAUCAGCUGCUGGUUCUGUGCAACAGCCAUUCUGUACAAUGGAGAUGACUCAAGGGUUGCUGGGUUGCGCCCUCAAAUGCUUGCAAAUCCCAGUUGGGCUACCCUUACUACUGUAAGCAGCAGGGAACACACCAGUGUGCAUCAUCCAUCAGAUUGCAAGCCCAUUAUUGUCCUUUACACAGUGUACUGCAAAUGCCGAUCAGAAGGGUUCAGAUUAGUAUUUCUGGUGUCUGCAGUCAACAUGUGCGGAGGCUUCAGCCUGUUGCUGGUUUCUGCCAGCCCCUCAGACAGAGCAGGAGGCACUGUGGGUCACCACCACAGGACGUCCAUCUGCAGACUGCUAGGUAUUCACUGGUUGGGAGCGAGGGUCUGGGAAAAGACUUCCCUCUUUCUCUUCAGGAUAAUCACUCAAGUGCUGAACCAAGAAUAUAAGCGCACCAUACAGACAAAACCAAAGAUUCAUUGCAACUUGUCUCCAAAGAUGUUUUUCUUCUAUUUGGAGAUGGUUUAUCACAAUUCCAGAAAAGGCCUGUUGAGUGAAAGGUUGGUUCCCGCCAAAGUCCCUCCUUCUGCUGGGAAGGUGUCCAUUUGCUUCAGUAAGGCUUGCUGUGCUGCACUCUGAAGUAACAAGGCUGGAGUGGGCCCUAGAAAGUGAAGAUGGGUCUUUGCCCCCUGCCCUCUUCUUCAGAGUGGCAUGUGGAGUGGGGGGAGCAAAGAGCAAGCUGUCACCUAGCCAGCAGGCCCCCCUCGCUGAAGGGCUCAGGGACAUCCCCCAUCCCCUUGCUCAGUCCUAGCUGUGCCCCUGGGUGUGGGUCUCCUCUCCUGCUUCAAGCAACUGAAAACCAUGUGCUUCCACGAACCCAGGCUGCGUCCUUGGAUCUCAGUGAUAUUUUACACUGUGGGAUCUCUGUGACUCCACACUUGCUUUCAAGUUGUGGCUGUGGACCAGCCGGUCCGAGGCAUGUUCAGAUAAACCCUUUGAAAAGGGAACAGUUCACCGACCUCUUAUAGCAGUGGUUUUUGGACUGAGAUAUCUUAGACAUUUAUUGAGGGGUUUCUCAGUUAAGAGAUUGGUCAUGGCUGAACAUCCACUGCUGAUCUUUCCUUGCAGGUGCAAGGAAGUGGUGUGUGUGUGUGUGUGUGUGUGUGUGUGUGUUUAGGGUGCACUCUGUUCUGUUGUGGUAAGGAUGAAUGGGGUGCAAGCCUGGCUACUAAAAUAAGCCCUAAAAUCCUCUGCAAGACUUAGGGGUUCCUCAGCAGACCUAUCAAUGUGGAACAUGUUCCCCGAAGAUAGACUGCUUGAAAACCAUGGACUUCUACUGCUUUAGGGGAGCUGCACCACUGUGAAUUGGUUUGUGAAUUGUGCCCUGCAAGCAAGGCAGGGUACAGAGAUGUGAUUGCCCUUCAGUUUCUUUGCCUUCUUUCCAUGUGGUUGUAAGGCCUUCCCGAGGCCUUCAUUGCGACUGUGAAAUCUCCUGCAGUGAGACUAAACAGAGAAUAGAAGGAGUCAUGGAUGGGUAAGUUUUCUUGGCCCCCAAGGGCUGAAUUGGGGUGAGGGGGUGGGGAUGAGAGGAGCUUUGAAAGAGAAUUGUAAUUCAGUAAAGACAUGUUACCUGUAUGAUAAAUGCUGUAUUUUAUAGCUCAAUAAAGUCUACUGGUUUUUAUUAAAACCUGUACAUAGCAUAUUCAAUAUCCUGUAGUAAUGGAUGUGAAAGUAAUUCCAAAGCUUUUUGAAAUAUUAAACACGCAUUAUACUAUUGAACAGACUGGAAGAAUCAAAGCUGUCUAUGGCUUUAUCUCUGCAAGCAAUUUGGCCUAACCCUAGCCUUGCUUUUUUAUCUGUGGAUAUGGGGCUGCUGAAUUUGACACCAAAUGGCUCAGGUAUAAUUUUGUCUCUUAAGCAAACCUACAUAAUGUAUGCAAAUGAAUGUACUUUUAAAAAAAAAUUCUACUGUGUAUAUUGAAAUCUCUGGGAUGACUUUUGAGACGAUUUUCAAUCUUAGCCUGCAUCCUUGGAGUUUCUGUCAUGGAUAUUUAUGAAACGCUAGUCUUGUGUUUCAUCUUGUAGAUCUUGUGUCCGAGUGAACAUGCAUGGGAUUGCAUGGUGAGUGCAAAAUUAGAUCUGUGAGUACGAAUGAACCCAGCCCUCUCCUGAAGUAGCAUACCCCUACCAAUAACCGGUUUCAUGUUGAGGGCGGGACCUGAACGCAAGCCUCCCCUCCUGCUCAUCAGGGUGGUUGGUGCUGUCAAGAUGUAUGGAGCUCUGUUUUGUAAGCUUGUGUGCACAGCAGAUCUACGUAUUUGAGACCAGCCCUUUCAUAAAUAUCUAUGCCAGGAAAUCGGCCAUUUAGCAGUCAUAUGUUGCUAAGUGAAACUGUUCAAGGUUGCUCCUGGAAUGGAGCACAAUAUUGGGAUCUGCAAUUAGGGGUUGUUGGGGAGGAAGGGGCAGCAAACUAUAAUAGAUAUGGUGCUAAUAUACUACAUUUUAGCAUGAUCAUAAAGCCAGUUUGCCCGACUGUUUGAACAGCAAUGCAUUGCUUAUCCCUGAUGUAAAAAAAUAUGCAUGUAUUAUCAGAAUUUGCCCGAACAUUGCCUAUGGAGUUUAAUAAAUGUAUUUUCCUACA